ACAUUAUAUCAAUUCAUUUAUUCAUAGAUAAAAUGCCAGCUUGUAAUAAUCACUUCAACUUAGCUUUUAUAAAAAGUACCAGUUUGCUAUUUCGAUGUAGACCAUUUAGUAACACUAUAUGUUCAUAUAAGCAUAUCUCAAAAGUUUUUUUCUCAAAAAAUGUAGAGCUCAAAGUUAAUCAUCAAGUCAAAUUUUUUUCUGGAAUAAGUACACAAUAUUCGAAUACAAAUCUGCAAUACUUAGGGGAUCAUAAACUGUCAUCAAGUCAAAUUAGUGAUAGUGAUUUUCGUUUGGUUUAUGAAGGACCAUUAUCCAAAAAAAUUAAACUGAUUAAGUUGUUUUCAAUGUCAACAUCAGUAUUGUCUUUAAUUUGUGCACCUGUGUUAGUAUUGAGUAAUAAAUCAGAAGCUACUGUGUUUUUGAAAGUAUUUCUUGCUUCUACUGUAGUUACUAUUGGUUUGUCAACAACUUUUUUAUUACAUUGGCUUACUCGCGUAUAUGUCCACAAAAUGUUUUUUCAUCCAGAAUCAGCAACUUUUGCUGUUGAAACCUUCAAUUUUUUUGGAAUGACAACUAGAAGAAGGUUUUCUGUAUCUGAGUUUCGAAUACCUGAAGUUGAGAGUGCUUUUUCUACUUUUGAGGCAAAUAAUAAAAAAUAUUUUCUCCACACUGAUCUAAAUGAAGUUGACCAAAUAUUGAAGUAUGUAAAGGAACAUAAUACAGAACAAAUGCAGAAAAAAUAAAUUUUUUAAAUGCAGCUUAUACUUACUUACUGCUACUUGUAUUGUACUUAGUGCAAAAAAAGCUUUUAACAGUUUUAUACUUUGA